UGUUGAUAGAAAUCAUGUCGUUAGAUUCCUGGCUGAGCAAUAACGGCCCUAAGCCUGGCUAUAAACGCAAAGCGGAAGAUGCUGCCAAGCCUGUCCGCCAAAGAAAAAGUUUUCAAAAGAAGUGAACCAGAAUAGUUUUGACUGGUAUAAGAAUGGUAUAAUAUCAGCAAAAUGAAAGGCAGAGUAAGCUGAAACAUGUCCUACGACCACCAUGUCAGUGAUCAUAGAUUUGGCUGCAGUCCUGUAGAGAAGUUAGAGGGAGAGCAAGUCACUGCUAUCAACCUGACCAAAAAUUGCUGUAGUUCAAAUGAAGAACAAGUCUGCAAAACACCACAAAACUAUACACUUCUGAACUUAAACAACCAUACUCCAGGUAGUGCGAUGUCAGGUGAUGGCAAUAUUAGAAAUUCACCUUACCUUACAAAUGAACAGGAGAAUCCUUUAUUUAGAGACACUACAUGUCAUAACCAGGUACAUCAGGGCUCCAUAACAGAAAUGAACAGUCAAGAAACAACAGAUCUAAAUAAUAACACCAAACUACCACUUGAAAGUGACAACAGUCAAAGUUAUAUAACUAAAUCAAUCGAAAAGGGCGAUGGUCAUAGUAUGAACAUUGGAGUCAGUCCUGCACCCACUCCAACAAGUUUUGGUGGUUUAUUUCCACAUGUGACACCGCAAGAGUAUAAUGUACCUGUCCCUUCGGGAGGGUCGGACAUAGAUAUCUACAGACAAUCAUAUCUGCAUAAUGGAUACAGUCAGCAGCAGUUUACUGAAGGAAGCAAGCAGCAACAAUUGGUAGCUAACUUGCCACAGCAGCAGCAACAGAUUGUUGUAGAUAGCACAAGUCAGGUUUCAGGCUUUGGUCAGUAUUCACAGUAUGGACCAACAUUGGAUGAUGAGCAGAUUGCUGCUGAACAGCUGGCUUCAGAACUUUGUUCCAACUAUGGAGGAUCCAAUUCUCACAUGAUAUCUGAUAUAUUAAAGAGGAAUGGUGGACAGAACUACACCUAUGGCGGAUUUGAAAGACCAAAUGACAUAGAAUCCAUGCAGCAGUUCGACAACAUGGUCGCCAAUCAGCAUGUCAUACAUGAUGUAGAUCUCCUAAACACCCCACAACAGUUACCAGUAGAUGAAGACAGCCAAGGUGUAUUGUAUAGAUCUACAAGACAGCAGGAACAGUUUGGGGACCCUAGAGCCAGUUCAACACCCCAAACAUACAAGAGACAUAGACCUGUAGAGGCUCCACAGGAUUACCAGACUUCAGUGACAUACAACGAUGUACAUCUUCACGGUGGUAGAUGGUCAAGUCAGAAAUCUCCCAUGAUUGAACAGCAUCCAGAUCCAGAGAGUCCAUUCCCACCUGCUAGACAGAAAAAUACUGCUGUAGAAUACCAUGACAAAAAACCCCAUGAAAGCUAUCAGACAGGCUUAGCAGAGAGAGGCCAGUAUAGUCAAAGAACACCGAAGCAACAAAGUGAUAUGUCACCAAGUAAUGAAGGUAGAAAUUUCUUGAACAUGCCACAGUUCCAACAUACUCCCGUACGAGAAUGUGGUAGCAGUGGCGGAAACCAGCAUGUUCAAGAUACUGACCAGUACAACGCAUUUAAGUCACCAAGUUCACAUAAUAGCAGCUAUGGUCAACCUCAACAUGAAGUGACCAAGAUGACCUUUACCCCAAGGGAGAUGAUGGAAACACAUUUGAGCCAGAACUACAGGUACCAGAAAAAGUCCAGUUAUGGCCAACAUGUGUCUGACUAUUCUUCCAUCUACCCAUCAAGGGAAUUCAUUGAAAAAGCAACCAGCCAGAAGAAUGUUAAAAGGGAACAAAAUAAUCGGGUCCUACAAGAAACUUUGCAUCCGAAAAAACGUGCAAGGACGUCCAAAUAUAGCACAGAUGAUGUUCCUAAGGUACCGCCACAGAUGCCUAUAUUUGACAGCAUGUUUCAGAAAUAUGCGCCAAUUAUACCAAGAGAUGAAAUACAUGGUGGUAAACAUAAAUACUUUGUCGUAAAUCCAUCGGAAAUUACCAAUAUGGCAUCCAGAUCCUUGAUCACUAAAUACAUAGAUUUCCUCAUUUUGGAAAAUGAGCAGAUUACUGAAAUUUCCAAGUCAACCAAUCCACCCGUAGAUAUCUAUGUUACUGAGGAUAUGUACUUUAUGGACAGUAUAAAGUUCAACGCUCCCUUCCCAAGCAAGAAAUUUGUCGAGUGGGUUGCAAGCUUCUAUCCAAGGCUGAACUUCUUUGAGAUGAAGUUCAAAGGGAAGCACCCUAAGAUGCCCCAGGAAGGAAAGUCGGUGAAGCCAGAUACAAGACCCACACAGCAGAUAUUGGAAGACACGUUUUACUUUUUUCAAAGGGAGGCAAUGAAUUUGGAGUCUCAAAAAAUUUAAAAGAUGAAUUGUAAGAGUGAUAUCUUCACACAGAUUAUAAAUUCAGGAUUUGAUCCAAAAAUAUGCAUUCCUGUAUUAUUUAUUAACAAGUAAAAUGUAUGCAUUAGGGAUCCUAAACUGUAUCCAUUGAAUUAUUUAAGUGGACCUGAAGUGUAAGUCCAAUCAUUU